AUGGCGGCCAUGUUGCUGAUGUGGCCCUUGUCUGAUGGCGGCUGGACAGUUUUCCAAAGACGCAGCGGGCCCCAAGUGAAGUUCAACAGAGGCUGGCUGGCCUAUAAGAAUGGCUUUGGGAGCCUCACACAGGACCACUGGCUCGGACUCAGGAAGGUAUUUGCUUUGACCAAGGCCAAGACCAGGAACUGGAUUUUGAGAGUGGAUCUCUGGGACCAUGAAGGAAACACUGCGUUUGCAGAGUACAGUCACUUUAAACUGGGAAAUGAGAAGUCAGGCUUCAAACUGCAUGUCAAGACGUACAAAGGGACUGCAGGUGAUGCCAUUCGUGGAGUAUAUGCAGGAAUUGACCAGAACGGUUUUGGCUUCAGCACCAUAGACAGGGAUAAUGAUGGAUGCCACCCUUGUAUUUUUGGGGACAUAACCGAGGAGGAGUGUGUCGCUUCAGAGGGAGGUGGCUGGUGGUUCAGUCGCUGUGGGUCGGCCAGUCUCCAUGGUGACUAUCACCCAAUGGGAGAACACAUUGGUUGGGCAUCAGGUCUGCACUGGGACAGCUGGAAAGGCAGGGCUCCAUACUCUCUGAAGGCAACCAGGAUGAUGGUCAAACCAAUGGUGUAGACACGAUUCUUUCAGAUAUAAUUCAGCAUCAUGUUGUUUUGUUGUGUGCAAGUUUAAAAAUAUUUCUCUUAAA